AUGGAAAUUGUUACACAGACUCGUACAUUCUUUUCCAAGGCUCCUGUAUUUGUUCUUGAUGCAUCGUUUAAUCCACCCCACAGGGCUCAUUACGCAUUAGCCCGUCUUGCAGCACUUCAUUACGCGCAAUUGGGGCCAACGCAAUUGGGGCCGGUCCAAGUUAACGUGGUACUAAGCUACGCAGCCUUAAACGCAGACAAAGGCACGGCCAGCAUCACCGAUCAGCGUCGCCGUGAAGCCAUGAUUAAGAAUUUUAGCACCUGGUUUUUUGGCGACCAAAGGGUUCACUCUGCCACCACGCGCACAAAAGUCGAGUGGGCUGUGGCUAUUGUGCGAGCUGCAUCGCCAAAGUUUGUGGACAAAUGUCGGGACUUGUCUACGCUAUUGGGGAAAUGCGAUGGAUUUACUCAAGAAAAUGAAGAAAUCAAGGAUUCUUCAGACCGAAUUGUGUUUCUCAUGGGCUUUGACACACUUGUGCGGCUCUUGGAUCCCAAGUACUACCCUGGCGAAAACGGCAAGGGCACAUCAAUUGUGCCACAAUUAAACGGGUUUUUUAAAAUGGCUCAAGUUUGGGCACUUCCACGAGGAGAAACAGAACCUUUGGCUACUAAGGCGCGGUGGCUAACAGCUGUGGCGGAUGGGUCUGUUGCAUUUCCAGAGUGGUGGGCACAGCGUGUGGAUAUCCUGGAUCCGGCAGCGGUAGGUGAUGACGAGGACGGCAGUUAUAAAGUGCGUCUUAGUGAUGUGUCGUCAACACGGGUCCGCGCUGCUGCACACGAUGGUGAUUGGGAUACGGUGCUAGACAUUGUGGACUCACCUGAAGUGUGUCAAUAUAUUCAAGAAAACCAUUUGUAUGCAAACUAA